CAUGAUUUCCUAAUCUGAAGUUGAAUCCAUAAAUAAAUUUUUGCUCGAGUCAACAGGGACAUUAGAAAAUAUACAAAAGAUGUUUGUUAAAAAAUUUGAAUCAGAGCCAAAUCCAUAUCCUUAUUUUUAUCAGGGAUUAUGUGAUAAUGUAAUAUUUAAAAUAAAACUAGAUUUUUACAAAAGGAUAAAGAUUAUUGAGCAUUUAUUUACUUUAUAAUUCUGAAUUGAAAUCAUGUUUAUAAGAUAUUUAUAUCUUUACAUAGAAUGAUUUUGAGAAAAAAUUUAUUUUAGAUCCUCAAAUUGUAUUUGAUUUCAUUAAGAAAAUUAAGAUAGUAUGCUGGCAUUACAAUUAAGACCCUGCUUGAAGAAUAGGAUAAGUUUACAUCCAAUGAAAAACCAAGUUUAAAAGAUUAAUCAUAAAAUUAAAUUUCUUAAAAUAAAAUUAGAAAUUGUGUUUCUAUUAAUAAUAAUAAUCCCCCUUAGUAAAAAUUAUUAUAUUUUUCAAGGAAAUUCAGAAAUAAUUCAACUUUGAUUUAACAACAAAAUGGAUUUGAAAUUGACUAUUUUAGACCAAUUCCAAUAACUAUUUAAAAUAAAUUUGAUUGGAUAGAUUUACAUGAAGUAUCUGAUAAUAUUUGGGAUUAUUCAUUAUCAAUAAACUCAGAUAAAUUGAGCCAAAUUAAGGAGAUCAUGUCAAAAGCUCAUAUGGAAUAAAUCACAGAAUAAGAAUUUUAAGUAUAAAAUAAUUUAUAUUAAUUUUAGUAAUUUUAAGAAUAUUUAAAGAAAGACAAUUACAAUUUAUUAAAAAAUAAUGGUCUCAUAAACUUUAAUCUAAGUGAAAUAAUUGAGAAAAACCUAAACUUAGCAUUUUUUUUGUUUUCUAAAUCUUUUCCUAACCCAGAAUUUUUUGAGUAAUAUUAUAAACUUAUUUUGAGUCUAAUAGACAGUUUGGUAUAAAUUGAUGUAACACCAAAUGGCUUAGAAAUAAUGUGCAUGAUUGUUUAAUAAUUUCAUAUUCCUUAGGAGUAUUUAAAUUAUUAUAUUAAUUACUGCAUACAAUUUUGCUAGAACAUUAAAGUUUUAUAAUUAAUAAAUUUAUUAGGAAAAAGGCUCAUAAGUGAGAAUGAUUAAGUAUCUGACCAUUUUCUUAAAGCAUUUAAUUAAUAAAAAAAUGUAUAAGACAUCAGACUUAGUGACAGAAGUAAAAAUAUUAUUGUAUUUAUUUAGUUAUAAGCUUUUUCAAUUGAAUUUUCAAAUAUAGGAGAAACUUCAAGUUUAUUCAAAUUAAUCAAGAGUGAUAAGAGUGACAAGAGUGACACAUCAUAAUGA